AUGGGCGGAGGGGCACCGUGGCCAUCUCUAACCCCCGUUCCCUCCGCAGCCGCCGCCGCUCACUUCAGCUUCUGCCGCAGCCUCCUGGAGCACACGGUCUCAGCCGAAAACCUCAGCUACCGCCUGCAGAGGAACCCGGGCAGCAGCCUCACCUGGCACGACGGCCGGAGCCAGCGGGCCGACGGCGGCCGGACCGUCAAGCUCCUGCGGCAGCCGGGCACCGAGGGCUCGCAGGGCCGUGCCUGCGACCACUAUGGCAUCUACCACACCAGCCCCACGCUGGGCAGCCUGGCCAAGCCGGUGGUGCUCUGGACCCAGCAGGAUGUGUGCAAAUGGCUGAAGAAGCACUGCCCACAUAACUAUCUCAUCUACGUCGAGGCAUUCUCCCACCACGCCAUCACAGGUCGGGCACUGCUGCGGCUGAACGGGGAGAAGCUGCAGCGCAUGGGCAUCGCUCAUGAGGUGCAGCGGCAGGAGGUCCUGCAGCAGGUCCUGCAGCUCCAGGUGCGCGAGGAGGUCCGAAACCUGCAGCUGCUCAGCCAAGAUUGCACCAACACUGUGAACCGAGCACCUCUGGGAUGGGCUGUGCACCGCCGAUACGAGACCUGA